AUGAAAGUUAAAGUCGUGGGAGAUAUAGACGGCUUUGCUAUCGUCUCAUUAAGGGAGCACAUUUCCUCUUUGGGAUUGAAUGCAGCGAUUGAAGUCGUAGAUUGCAAUGAAAGUACAUUUGACGAUAUUCUCGAAAUUCAGAUCGCUAGGAGAGAUGAGAAGGCUUCAUUUUUCUGUGCAAAAUUGGACACCAGCGGCAGUUUCAAGCCGGAGGAUCUGAAUCAAUUAGUACUAAAGUGCUGUGGGUACAAAAAGACAGCUUUAAGUGGGUUGACUGUUAAAGACGCUAACAAUAAUAAAAUAAAGCCAACCAUCCAAAUAUUUUCUAACAUUACAUUGAACGGCAGUCUUCCCGACAAUCUGGAAUACUCAAAAUCCACACUUCAAGAAUAUAAACAAUCUCUGGUCAAGCAGAGAAUCUACUUUGACUCUGAAAUCCUAAGCUCAAUACUUCCAAGCACAAGCAUCUGUUUCAAGAGCAAUGGUCAGUCCUUUGAACUGCUUUUCGAAAAUUCAGUAUGCCUCGUACGGUUCACUCCUACAACAAUCCCAACAUCCCUAGAUUUCAUAUUGGAUCGAACUGUCAACGAUAAUCUUUUGAAGCAUAUGAAAAUCAGAAAAAGCCAUCCCGUUUUUGAUGAUUUUAUAACUGGAAAGGUUGAAAAUAUCGUAUUUAAUAAGAAGCGCUAUAAAAGAAUAAAGGAGAAUAGAAAAGACAUGGAAGACCUCGUUAAUUUUAUAGAGCAUGCCCCAAAGUUUCAAGAUUCAAGAGAUGGCAUAAUUAAUGAAUUGAGGGAGUUUAUAUAUGAAAACUAUCCACCCGAGUAUAUUCAUAAAUACCAGUAUUUGGAAGUAUACAAAAGCAAAGCUCUAAAAAUCAGAAACAGAAACAGCCUGAAGAGAUUUUCCGAACUAUGA